AUGGCAAAAGCUGAGGAUUUAAAUGCAGAUGAUGCAGAGGCUCCUUUCCCGUCGGAGAACAUAGUCAAGGUUCCACUGGGGGCGUUCAAGAACCCUAAGUUCCAACAGCUGGUGGAGGUUUACAGCCGCGACUUGAAACAGCUUGUUCAAGAGAACCUUCGCUUGAGGGUUGAGCUUGGCCUGGACCAGGAUGCCCCUCUGGACUGGGACUCUGAUGAGGAUUCCGACCCUUGGGAGGAUCAUCCGCUGCGACAGGUCGUCUCUGCCCUCUCUUCUCCGGCUGGGAUCGUGACUCGCACCAGAUCGGAGCCCCCACCAUCUGUUGCAGAGACAUCGCAGGCGGAACUCGAAAGCAGGAAAUCGUCGUCUUUCCAAGCGGAACGCUACCAGGUGCUGCCUCAGUUCCUGAGCACACCCUUGGACAAAGCAACAGACAGGCAGUUCAAGGCCACGCUGGUGCAAGACCUCCGACGUUUCUCCGAAGCCGUGGAGAUGCGAACCCUUGGCAAUGACAAUGAGAAGAAGAUGUCCUGCUACGACCUUUUUGUCAAUCUGCUGAGCCAAUUGAAGCUUCCAAUGAGUCCAAAUUCAGAAAUCGCAUUGACUUGGGACAUUAUUGGUCUGUUUCUGAUUGCGUAUGAUGUUUUUGCGAUCCCAUUGCAAGCCUUUCCACUUGGCGAGGAUGUCUUCACCGAAAGUAUGGGGUGGAUCACGCUCUGCUUUUGGACGGCUGAUAUGGUUGUCAGCAACAUUGUCGGGUUCUUUGAUGGGCCACAAUUAGUGAUGCAGCAGUACCGCAUCACAUUCAGAUAUUUGCGAACUUGGUUUGUGCUGGACGCAGUAGUUGUGAUACCUGACUGGCUCACAAGAUUGGCACAGGAUAGCAGCUCGGGUCUGUUGGCAAGCGUUGGGCGAAUUCUUCGGUCCGCACGCGCCAUUCGAGUGAUCCGCUUGCUUCGCUUGUUAAAGCUGCAGAAGAUGAUGAACAAGUUGUAUGACUUCAUCGACUCUGAGUACCUUUUCAUCGUGAUGGACAUUUUGCGGCUGCUGCUGUUCAUUGUUGUUUUAAACCACGUUAUCGCUUGCCUUUGGUAUCUCCUUGGCUACAUAGGGCAUGAAGCCAACGAAAAGAAUGCCAACGAAAAGAAUGGCUCGAGGACACCGAAUUGGCUGGAGGACACCGGAUACACGAAGGUGAUAGACGGGUCAAUUGCAUGGCAGUACACCACUGCGCUGCACUGGAGUCUAACUCAGUUCACACCUGCAGGCAUGGACGUCUUCGCGCGAAAUGUGCCAGAGCGCGUAAUGUCGGUCAUUGUUCUCGGCUUUGCGGUGAUCAUUUUCUCAUCCGUUCUAGCGAGCGUCAGCGCUUCUAUGACGGCAUUAAGGAGUUUGCAGGGUGAUUCCAAGAAGCAGUUCUGGCUGCUGCGCAGAUAUCUGCGGCGCAAAAAGGUCACAACUCCUUCGCGGGUCCGAAUCAUAAAGUUCUUGGAGCAUGUUGUCAUGCUACAGGCAAAGACGGUGAAGUCCGCCGAUGUCACGCUUCUGGGAAAGCUGUCGGAACCUCUCAAAGAGCUUCUUGAGUAUGAGGUCCACAAGGAGACUGUCAUGCUGCACCCGUUCUUCCAUUACCUGGGCGAGUGCGUGCUUUCCUUGAUGGUAAAGCUAUGCGCGGCGGCAGUGAGACAGGUCCAGUUCGCUCUGCAAGACUGCAUCUUUCGAGCUGGUGAUCUUGGUGAGCAUAUGUUCUUCAUAACCAGUGGAAGCGCCAAGUACGCAUACUCAAUCGCAAAAGCCCAAAAAUGCGAGGAACUGCAUGAGGGAGAUUGGUUGGCCGAAGCUUCCUUGUGGACGCAGUGGAGUCACCGCGGACUGCUUAUGAUUUCUUCCCAGCCUACAGUCUUGCUGCUGCUAUCGUCGCAAGGAUUUGGAAAUGUCAUGCGGAUGAGCCAAAGCUCCUACGUCCUCUGCAGGCGGUUCGUGUUUGCCUUCGUGGCAGAGCUCAAUGCCAUGGAGAGAUUUUCGACAGCAGUAAUGUGA